ACAAAUCAAGUUUUAUUACCGAUAAAAGGACAUGAUGGCCGUCGCCGCUGCCCAAAAGAACCGCGAAAUGUUCGCCAUCAAGAAAUCAUACAGCAUUGAGAACGGCUAUCCAGCACGUCGCCGUUCUCUGGUAGACGACGCUCGAUUUGAGACUUUGGUAGUGAAGCAAACGAAGCAAUGUGUGCUUGAGGAGGCCCGUCAACGAGCCAAUGAUUCGAGCGCAGAUCAGGCAAUAAUUUGCUCUCAGGAGCAACUGCCACAGGACGAGCAUUACAACGACGCCUCGUCAAGCGACGAUGAACAAGGGGAGACGUUGUCCUGCGCCGCGAAGGAAGAAGAGGCCAAGGCCGAGGCUUCCUCGUCGGAUAGCGAGGGAAAACCAGACGACGACGACUCUGGGUUGACCGAGGAAGAGGUUGUCCUGGCUAAGACGAUCGCAGAGACACCGGAGGGAGAAUAUGCGGUGCAGAAGGCUGUGUUGGUCCUCCGCAUGCGUGACGGAAUCAGCUCGCUGGCGAGGAUCUUGAAGACGAUCGAGAACUUCAAGGGGGUCGUCGACCACCUCGAGUCUCGCCCGUCAAAGAAGGAGGGAAUGCAGUUCGACGUACUCGUCAAGGUGGACAUGACCAGGCAGAGUCUCCUCCAGCUGAUCAGAAACCUGAGGCAGAGCUCUGCGCUUGGCGGAGUUUCUCUCCUGGCUGACAACUCGGUCAGCAUCAAGGACCCGUGGUUCCCACGUCACGCCUCCGAGCUUGACAACUGCAACCACCUUAUGACCAAGUACGAACCUGACCUGGACAUGAACCACCCAGGCUUCGCCGACAAGGAGUACCGCGCUCGUCGAAAGAUCAUCGCCGAGAUCGCGUUCGCCUACAAGUACGGAGACCCGAUUCCCAACAUCCCUUACACCGAGACCGAGAACACCACCUGGACCCGGGUAUUCGACACCGUUCUCGACCUCGUUCCGAAGCAUGCCUGCAUCGAGUAUCAGAAGGCCUUCAAGCAGCUGCAGGAGGAACGCAUCUUCGAGGCUCAUCGUAUCCCCCAGCUCCAAGACGUUAGUGACUUCCUCAAGAAGAACACCGGCUUUACUCUGCGUCCUGCCGCCGGUCUUCUCACCGCCAGAGACUUUCUGGCUAGUCUUGCCUUCAGGAUAUUCCAGAGCACUCAAUACGUCCGCCACAUCAACAGUCCUUACCACACUCCCGAGCCAGACUGUAUCCACGAGCUGCUGGGCCACAUGCCGCUUCUUGCCGAUCCCAGCUUCGCUCAGUUUUCACAAGAAAUCGGUCUCGCCUCUCUGGGCGCUUCCGACGAAGAAAUUGAGAAACUUUCGACCAUCUACUGGUUCACAGUCGAAUUCGGGCUCUGCAAGGAGGGCUCUGACGUCAAGGCGUACGGUGCCGGACUCUUGUCCGCUUACGGAGAGCUCCUUCACUCGCUGAGCGACAAGUGCGAGCACCGUCCCUUCGAGCCAUCGACGACCGCAGUCCAGCCGUACCAGGACCAGGAUUACCAGCCCAUCUACUACGUGGCCGAGAGCUUCGAAGACGCGAAGGAGAAGUUCCGCCGCUGGGUGUCGACCAUGAGCCGAUCAUUCGAGGUCAGGUUCAACCCGCACACCCAGCGCGUCGAGGUUCUCGACAGUGUCGACAGGCUCGAGGGUCUCGUUGCGCAGAUGAACACAGAGAUGGUCCACCUAACGAAUGCGCUGAACAAACUCAAGGCAUCAUCCGCGUAAGCGAACGCCGGACCACCAUCAGCGACCCAAAGUCAACUCACCCUCACCCUUUCACGUUCAUUAUAUUUCUUGAAUAUAUAUAUAUUUUUUUUUCUCACUUUUUUAUAAUUGGAUCAGCCUAUGUAGGCUACCCUCGUUGGCUCCGUCGCUAGUGUGACUGCAGGCGACGGGUCUUGAUAUCGUCAAACUGACUGAUGCCGUCGUCAAGACUUGCCUUCGCGGUGAAACAGUACAUGGUGUCCAAUUAUUCGCAUCCCCAUAUCGAUAACUCAUUGUCUCCACCUUGUGUAUAAAGUCGCCAUCAAUUAUUAUUAUUAUUAUUAUUAUUAUUAUUAUUAUUAUUAUUAUUAUUAUUAUUGAUUAUUGAUUAUUAUUAUAAACGUACGCACAUUUCAAUAUAUGUCUGCGUGUACGUGUAUACUCCUAUAUUUAUACGCAUAUAUAUGUUGUUAUAUUGUUGUAUUUGUUUAACCACGAUAAGCGCGCACCCAUAGUCAUAAUCUCGUGUUUUUGGUUCCAAAGAUGAUGGUUAUCUUAGGGUGCGAGCGUAGUUCCGUAGUUUGUUGGAUACCGUAUUGAAUAACUUUAAAUCGAUGCGGUUUUUCACCACAGCAAUCCGUGAAUUAUUAUUUAAUUAAUGUGAAAAAAAAAUUUUUGUUUUCGUUUUUUGUUUCUUUCCAAGUAGAUCUCCUCUGUGGAUGUGAUUGCAUAGCACCGAAUGAUUCAAUAACGUAUACCUUUCAUUCAAUACUGCACUUUACUUUGCAGAUAUAAUUUAGGUAUCAUACCGGUUACAUAUAUAUGUUUUAUCUUUGAUGGAAUGUUACUAUACAUAUGAUGUAUAAUUUAGAUAAUUAUAGUACGUGUAUAUCAGUGUUCCGUGUAAAGAUGAUGCGUAUAGAAAUGCCCGUAGAGAUCCACACGGGCCUAGGUAUAAAGUCGAUGUUGAAAGUAGAUUGACACCUCACAGAAAUAGUGUAGAGGUAGACGCUUCAUACGCACCCUGCACAAUCCUGUAAUUGUAUACUUAUGAUAUUUGUUGCAUGCAAAAGAGAAUUUCACCAAGUUUUUUCCUAUUAUACAUAUAUAAUCAAUACCUAUCCAACUGUAUGAAUCAUUUGGUUUGUAUUAUAUUGUAAAGAACGAGCAUAAUAAAAAUCAAGAUAUGAAUCUUA